AUGUCGUUCCAAUGGCCAUAUCAGUUCAUUACACUGUCUGAAGAGGACAAAGUGCAGCGCCGGGCGUUACUCGACCUUCGGGGUCAAUAUGCGCAAUGGUCCAUCAUCUUCGCGAUCUUGAUCGUCAAAACCAUGAAAACUUCCACUACUUUCAGCUCGGGCAAUCGGCCAAAGCGAUCCUCAAGCAUUUGGGAUCGACCACUUUUCCCUGGAUGGGCCGAGACUCGAGGACAGUAUCUGGCCUGCGGACUCUGGCUGUCGUGGCUAGUCGCUCUCUCCGCAUGGAAUAGUGGUAAUGACUACCUCCAUCUAACAAAAGCCAUUGGUCAAGUCGGCCUGUCUCAACUACCACUACAAGUAUUGAUGUCUCCAAUGGCCUAUAUUUCAUCAAAGCCCACGACCUCCUCUGUUCUUUCUAUCGUAACCGGCAUCUCUCAGCCAACGUUGACCCCUUAUCAUCGUCUCUUCGGCCGGGUAGUCAUCUCACCUCUCUUGCUGGCUCACGCUGCUCUUUACACGCUCUUCUUCGUGCAGUCUAGUCACCCAGAAUUUGGCACCCUGCUUGCUAAGCGAGUUCAAGACUUGGAUGUUCAAUGUGGCAUUGCUGCCAUCCUAACAGUCGUGCUUCUCUUCUUCUUCGCGCGCCCCCGGGGAACUGCUCAAAGCGGACUGCAAUCUUGGUUGAUGCAGGGCUCGUUACAAGAGCGCCGGCGCAUGUUCUACUUUGGCCAUGUGUCUUUGGUGAUCUUUUUGUGUGUUGUGGCUUAUACGCAUGUCCAGCAAGCGCAGAGGUUUAUCAUCCAGAGUUUAGGGGCCUCGUUGCUCAAUGGGGUUUGUUCCUGGGUCAUUCUGAAAUUUGUUGAAGUAUGA